AUAGCUUUAUUUCUGCCCAUCAUGCUUCGCGCGUUCGCCCUUCACAACAAAGAUGGCGUCGGCGACGAAGAUCAUUCAGCGUCUGCGGAAUUGGUUAGCGGGGAGAAACCUCCAAGCUAAAUUGCAGCUUCGAUACACUGAAAUUUCUCCCAGAACCCAACCUCCACCAAAGCUCCCAGUUGGUCCCAGCCAUAAAUUUUCAGAUAACUACUACUGUCUACGAGAUGGUCGUCGAGAGUCAUUUCCGCCUACUGUCAUUUGGUCACCACAGAAAGCGCUAACAGCAGGAACACAGGCAGUCAGCCAAGACGCUGAAGUUACCACGCAUGUUAAAAAGCCAGUUCAGCCUGGACAGCCAAUCCAGUUGAAGCUUUCUACGGAUCAGCCAUUCCUAUGAUUUGGAGGACGAUUGGAUGGGAUUAUUGUGAAUUCUGACCCUUUAUGGGUAGUGUUAUCUAUGGAAAGGAGUUUGUGUUACUGAGGAAAUAGCUCCUGGAGUUACAGCAUUGGAUAAUCAGAUGGGAACAUGGAUUUAAAGCUCCUCUUCUCAUGUAAAUCAACUCAGUAAACAUUCAUGUUAAUAAACAA